AUGCCCAUACGAUAUAUACAGCAGACCUAUGCGCCAACGAGGAAGAAUCCGAAUUCCGCUCCGCAGCUCACCUACUUAAACAUCGAGAAAGCCCGCCCAUACUCCGCCUUCUACCCCUGCGCUCAACUAUCUGCGCCCACGCCACUCCUUGAUUCGUCUGCGGAGGAAUUAGAUGGCCGAUGGAGUCACCAUUCGCGGCACCAGAUAACUCGGAACGGGACCCCUCCCAAUAACCUCCGAUCGACCUUUACCACUGAAACCCCAUCCCCUUCCCGCUCCCCAGAUUCCCAUUCCCCUGCUCAAACUCUAUACGGAAUGUUUAAUCAGGGACACCAACAAGGGCAACAUGGCCGUGUCAACGGAGGGCCUGGGCGAGGGCUGCCACUGAUGUACAACUUUCAACACCAAAAUGCACAUCAGACCCAGCAUACGCAGCACCACGCGAACAUUCAGCAAGAUCAUACUACACAUACUACGAAUGGAUCGGUGCUUAACCACCAUACGAACUACCCCUCGGGGGUGUUAUCGAACUCGACACCUAGCUUCACACCAAACAAUCUUCAAAACGGGACACACUCAACAACACGUGGAGGGCAGGCGCAGCAGAUUAGUGAGCACUGGACAGAACAACUGAAGUUGCAUAAAGAAUCCGAGAAUGCCAAUUUACAGAUGGUGGAUCACAGCGCGCCGAAUCACUUUGCAAGACAGAGGGCCACCGAAAAUCGAGGAUUGGCAUCGGCAUCGACCGCUGACUCGUCGGCUACACAAGAAGAGGACAAUGAAAAUCGUGGACGGCCAUACCGUCAAGAUAUUGUGAAACGGCAGGAUUGGCAUAACCUAGACUUAAGCGGCCAAGGGCUUCGAGUACUUGCGAACCCGCUGUUCAAUUACGAUUUCUUGAAUGAGCUUUACAUCGCGUCAAAUAAAAUCCCCCAAAUACCUGCUUCUGUCGGACAACUACGAGCGUUGACUCAUCUCGAUGCUUCCUUCAACUCCUUGAAAGAAUUACCACGGGAGCUUGGCAUGUGUGUUCGUCUCAAAUCUCUUCUGGUCUUUAACAACUCGAUUCAAUCCUUACCGAACGAAUUGGGUGCUCUACACCAGUUGGAAAUGCUGGGAAUUGAAGGCAAUCCUAUUCCACCUGGAGUGAAACAGGAAAUCAUGGAAAGGGGCACGAAGUCACUCAUCCGGCAGCUCAGAGAAGACACGCCAGUGCCGAUGCCUCCGCCUCCGCGGAAAAUGAUAUCCCUCCAAGACGGCAUUCCACCCCCAACUCAGGAAAGGCUCCGAGUGUCCACAUAUAACAUCCUCUGCGAUAAAGCUUGCACCCAGGCGUUAUACGGCUACAACCCAUCAAUUGUUCUAUCAUGGGAGUACCGAAGGGAGCAGAUUUUAAAUGAGAUUCAGGAGCAAGAUGCCGAUAUCGUCUGUCUACAGGAAGUUGAUUCCGAGACUCACUACGAGUAUCUAAGCCCAAAGCUUGCGUACCGCGACUACAAAGGUGUUCACUGGCCAAGACCUCGGUCGAAGACCAUGCCUGAGAAAGAGGCCAAGCUUGUGGACGGCUGUGCGACCUUUUACAAGGGCAGCAAGUUCAUCCUCCUGGACAAAGUACUCAUAGAUAUUGCGAAUAUUGCCAUUAACCGACCAGAUAUGAAGAAUCAGCACGAUAUCUUCAAUCGUGUGAUGCCCCGGGACAAUAUCGCCAUCAUGACCUUCUUAGAAAACCGAAUCACUGGGUCGAGGGUAAUCGUCGUCAAUACCCAUCUCCAUUGGGAUCCUACGUACGCAGAUGUGAAGUUGAUUCAGAUGGCUAUCCUAAUAGAAAAUAUCAACAAAAUAGCCGGAAAAUUUGCUCAACGGCCACCAAGUACCGAAAAGGAAAAGAAGGCUGGUUUAGUUGAUGAAAAUGGCAGUCCAGAUCCCAAACUCGGUCAAGAGUUUGCACCAUCCUUAGAAUAUUCGAGCAAUACGCAAGUUCCAUUGAUCCUCUGUGGCGAUCUCAAUUCCGUCCCCGACUCUAGCGUCUACGACUUGCUGUCGAAGGGAAGCAUCAAACCAUCACACCAGGAACUCACAAACUUCCAGUACGGCAAUUUCACCAAGAAUGGCAUCGAUCAUCCAUUUUCGUUGCGCUCGGCAUAUAGCGCUCUUGAUAAGACGCCUGACCGAUUAGUAUUCACCAACUAUACGCCCACCUUCAGGGAUGUCAUUGACCAUAUCUGGUAUUCGACCAAUACCCUGGAGCUUACAGGUCUACUUGGGGGUGUUGAUUCCGAGUACAUGAAGACGGUACCUGGAUUCCCCAAUCACCAUUUCCCAAGUGAUCAUUUACCGCUUGUUGCCGAAUUCAUGGUCAAGGGGCGGAAGGAGAAGAAGACCCAUCCAGAACCAGAUUUUGGUUCUUCCAGCCGUAGGAGGGAUUAG